AUAUAUAUGGUAAUAUUGCAUCAGCCAGAGAGAGAUAUAUUAAAGUGUUAGUGUCGUAGUGUCUGGCACACUGCUCCACCUCACAAUACGCUCACUACUACACUUUUCUCUUUGAAAAUGAAGGUUUUAGCCUCGAAAAGUGACCCUCCUCUUGGGGCAAUUUUAACCUGUUCUAAGGUUGGUAUAUCAGUGGAGUGGAGUGAAGAAACCGGUUUAGCCCUGAGUGACACCUUCAGCGUCACCUCGUCACAUGGUAUAUCCAGACACCUGGCUAGAGUGAAUCCUUCCCUGGACUUGUAUCCUAGUCAUAUUCUUCAUCGAACUGAGAGAGUCUGCCGAAAGUUGAAAUUCACGAAAAUCAAAACCAUUUUCCCCACGAGAAAUACACCUACCGUCCGACUUACAACCUGCUCAACAUACGUCCACUCGACUUAUGACCGUGCUUCUGGCAGCCCAGUUGAUGCAUGCUACUGUACAAUAUUUGACAAUACUCGUGGCAGCAACGAGCCAUGCAGGCAGCAUCAGUUUGAGUUACCCUGCCCUAUCAGCAGCAUCAUACUGUAUUAACUGUACUAACUGGACAGUGAAUUUCACCAUGGCUCCUAAGAGGAAGUCUGAAUUUUGCACUGGAGUUUGUGGCAAGAAGGCAAGAAAGGCUCUUACUCUCGAACUCUAUUUGUUUUCACUGUUGCACAUAAACCUGUUUGUAUCUGUCUGCCUGUAUAUCUGUCUCUGUCUAUAUCUGUCUGUCUGUCUGUCUGUUUAUCUGUCUUUAUGUCUUCCUGUGUGUGUGUGUCUUUCUGUCUACCUGUGUGUGUGUCUGUCUGCUUGUCUCUGUCUCAGAGCCGCUUAUGAACCAACAGGUAUUACACACGAAGCAGAGUCGUCACAUCUUCAAUAUGAUGCUAAUAUUGCUGUACGACUUAUUUAUCUAUCACAAUUCAUUUAGAGAGAAUGGAUCAAAGUAGAAUGACAGGGAGAGCAUAUAAAUCUGUAGGGG